AUGGCUACGCAAAACCCCAUGCGGCGGUUACUCCCAAAAUCGCACUCUAGCAAACGAAAAUUCCCAGGUGACGAGAGCGGCUCGACAAUCCACAAGAAACUACGAGCAGCAAACGCUUCCUCAGAGAACCGCGCACAAAAUCACACGCCGAGCCACCCCGCCUCGGGAGCGAGCCACUACUCACAAAUCUACAGCCCUUUACUCUCUCAACUGGGCACCAAAUUCGAGGUCAAGACGAUGACCGUUCUCCCAUCGACCAGCAUCCGCAAACACGUCGACCGAGCACUCGACCACCUUAGCCGCUUCAACGCGUGGGACCCGGUCGUCGCCCCUGGUGUCGUGCUUCUCUGCGCCAAAGCCGGGACGUCCAGUAAGCUCAUCACGAUUGCAGAGCUCGUCCGGCGGCGCAUCGGCGAAAGCGAACAAAAGUGGUUUCAGUACAACGUGCCGAGAGAGGUGGCAGUUAUGGUGGAACCUGCACCGGCUAUGGGGGACACCUCUGUGGUGGAGGAUACGGUCUUGGGCCGAGAAAAGGAGGAGGCAGAUGAUGAGGGGAACGGAGAUCAAGAAGAGGAUGACGACGACUAUUUCGAGACCCUACAACCAACCAUCCACGAGCAAGCAGCGCAACCAGCACAAGUCAAACACGUAGCGCAUACACUGAUUUUGCUUUCCCGGAUACCCUUGGACGAGCUCAAAUCAGAACCCAACGUCUCUGUGCAGACAAAUGAGGGAAAAAUCGAGUUUCUCCGGAAGAAAAAGAUGGGUUAA